UCUGGGGGGGCAGGGGUCCUUCAGUCUAUUUCUGACUAGAGGGGCUCUUCAUCCUUUUCUGCUUCCAGAGCCAGGGGUCAGAGGAGGGUUGCGAGGCCUGACCCUGAGGGCCUGGCUCAUUCCAGGCGGCCUUUGUCUUAUUCCCUCCCGCGGAGGAGGGGCCUCCCUUCAGCUGGGCUCCUCGCUUUCUGUUGCCCUGAACAGCUCUAAGAACACUUGCUGUGCGUGUGUUUCAGGGGCCCCCUGAGAUUUAAAUCUUCAGCAGACUCCGGCUUUUGUCCCCCAGCCCACUUCUACACUGCCUGCCAUGCCUGGAUUCCACAGGAGACUCUUGGAAAUGCUGAGUCCUCCCCACAUCAGCUUUGGGCGAGGAAGGGCUGGUCCCCUCAGGCUGCCCCAGAGGCCCCAGCCUGUGGACGGGUUUGGGCCGGCCUCUGAGAGGUGCAGGGUGACCCAGAAAGGUCCUUGGGAGGGGCCGAAGUAGUACAAGCAUGCACUGACUUCAGUUCAUUCCCCAGUGUUCCCUAGAUUCUCUGAACGCAGAGCCAAAGGAAAGCUCUGAGCACUGUCCAGUGUGUUCCAAACACCAAAAAUAAAGGCCCCUGUGAAUCUGGGCUCCUCCAAGGGACACACCGUCACACUGGGCUGGAUGACAGGGCACCUAGGUUAGCCUGGAGCACUCUAGGAAACCCAGGGCUGGUGUCGGGGGGUGAGGGGGACCCUGGGACUGAACAGCCUUGAGCCCAGGCCCCUGUUGUGUGGUGACCCCUGUCCUGCAGAGGAGCAGCUCCGGUUACACUGGUCAGAGCCGGCCUCCUCUCCCCGCCCCCUUGCCCUAUGCUGACCACACAGGGCUGGGCGGGGGAGGGGUUGGCGCCACAUUCAGGGGCUCCGCGUGGAGACCUGGGGCGGAACCCAGCUCCUUAUAGCAGGGGCAUUGGAGGGACCAUCUGCUGUGGCCUCUUUGGGGGCCAGAGAGGCCCAGGGAGUGGCCAGAACACCAGAGCAGGGGCACUGCACAAGGCCAGCGGGGUGGAUGCUGGUGGGGAGCAAGGGCCUGAGGUGGGUGUCUGGCCAGUCGGCCCUUCUGCCCCAGUGUUCUCCAUGCCGGCCCUACAGCUUUUGCUCGUCGUUGGGCUGACUGUUGGGGCGAGUCUCCCGCUAGAACUGGGGAGUCACCCGGGGGUGUGCCCCAACCAGCUCAGCCCAAGCCUGUGGGUGGAUGCUCAGAGUACCUGUGAGCGCGAGUGCGUCAGAGACCAGGACUGUGCUGGGGCGGAGAGAUGCUGCACGAACGUAUGUGGGCUCCGGAGUUGUGUUGCGGCCCGCUUCCCAGAGGGCGACGGGGGCCCAGAGGCGCCCGGCCUAGUGGCCUCCUGUGAGGGCUUCGCGUGUGCACAGCAGGGCUCAGACUGCGACAUCUGGGCCGGGCAACCCGUGUGCCGCUGCCGGGACCGCUGCGAAAAGGAGCCCCACUUCACGUGUGCCUCUGACGGCCUCACCUACUACAACCGCUGCUACAUGGACGCUGAGGCCUGCCUGCGCGGCCUACGCCUACAAGUGGUGUCCUGCAAGCACGUGCUCAGCUGGCCACCGCCCAGCAGCCCGGGGCCACCCGAGGCCACAGCACAGCCCACACCCGCCGAUUCCCCGGUGCCCCCGGCCCUCUACAGCAGCCCCGCCCCGCAGGCCGUGCAUGUGGGGGGCACAGCCAGUCUGCACUGCGACGUCAGUGGCCACCCUGCGCCCGCCGUGACCUGGGAGAAGCAGAGCGACCAGCGGGAGAGCCUGAUCAUGCGGCCAGACCAAAUGUAUGGCAACAUGGUGGUCACCAGCAUCGGGCAGUUGGUUCUCUACAACGCCCGGCCGGAGGACGCAGGCCUGUACACGUGCACCGCGCGCAAUGCUGCGGGCCUGCUGCGCGCCGACUUCCCACUGUCGGUGGUUUCGCGGGAGGCCCCCAGGGCCCCGGAGCCUGCCAGUGCCUGCCAGCCCAAUCCCCAGGCCUGUACCGGACCCCCCUCCGGCCGCGUCCUCUGGCACUAUGACCUGCAGCGCGGGGGCUGCAUGACCUUCCAGGCCCGCAGCUGCGAUGUGGGCUUCCAGACCUACGACGCAUGCCAGCGGGCGUGCGCACGCGGCCCAGGGGACGCCUGCGAGCUGCCGCCUGUGCAGGGGCCAUGCCAGGGCUGGGAGCCACGCUGGGCCUAUAGCCCUCUGCUGCAGCACUGUCACCCCUUCAUCUUCGGCGGCUGCGAUGGCAACGCCAACAACUUCGAGAGCCGCGAAAGCUGUGAGGAUGCCUGCCCCGUGCCGCGUGCACCUCCCUGCCGUGCCUGUCGCCUACGCAGCAAGCUGGCGCUGAGCCUGUGCCGCAGCGACUUCGCCAUUGUGGGCCGUGUUACUGAAUUGCUGGAAGAGCCAGAGGCCGGCGGGGGCAUCGCGCGCGUCACCCUGGAUGACGUGCUCAAGGAUGACAAGAUGGGCCUGCGCUUUCUGGGCACCAAGUACCUGGAGGUGACACUCCGAGGCAUGGACUGGGCCUGCCCCUGCCCCAAUGUGACAGUGGGCGAUGGCCCGCUGGUCAUCAUGGGCGACGUGCGGGAUGGGGUGGCUGUACUGGAUGCAGGCAGCUAUGUUCGUUCCGCCAGUGAGAAGCGUGUCAAGAAGAUCUCAGAGCUGCUGGAGAAGAAGGCUUGUGCCCUGCUCAACCGCUUCCAGGACUAGGCUCCUGGGGGCAGAGCUCCAGUAUGGACUGGGAGGGCACUUGCCUUGCAUGCAACCAAUCAGGGUUUGAUCCCCAGCAUCCCAUAUGGCAUCACCAAGCAUCGCUGGGUAUGGUCCCCCAAACAAAAAACAAAACAACAAAAAUAACAGGACGAGGCUCCUAUAUGCUGCUCAACUGCUUCUGGGCCUAGCCUCAUCCUCACCCCUGGGCCUCGGUUCCCUGCCCCUACCCCACCCUGUGUGCCCACCCCUUCAUCUGUCUCCUGUGGAAUAAAAUA